UUCAAAAAUAAUGCUACAUACGAAUAGUCAACAAUUGUCAUCGCCAAUCAAUCUUUAAUAAUAAUACUCAAUGCUAAGGGGCUUAAUUGAAUUUAAUAUAGUUCUAAUAUCAACCUUCUUUCUACCAAUUGAGUCCUCAAGCUCCUACUCCAUGAUAAUUAUUCUUCAAUUCUCUUAAAAUCAUUUGAAAGGCUUUCUAAUGAUAAUUCAUCCUCAAUUUAUUGUUAAGAUUCUCAUCUUUUACCACCUCAUUACUACUAUUAGUGCACAUCUCGACCAAUUCUAUUCCAUUUCUAGUUGUAACACUCAUAAUUCUGCUAAACUUUUCACCUCAAAUUCUCAAUACUUGAUCAAUCUCGAUACACUCUUGUCUAAACUGCAUUCACAAGCAUCAAAAUUCAGGUUCUACAACUACACCGUCGCAUUCGGCGACAGCCCUGAUCCUGAUCCUGACCCUGACGCUGAACCUGACCCUGAUCAACUAUACGGCUUAUAUCAAUGCAGAGAGGAUGUUAGUCUACAAUUUUGUAGUCUAUGCAUUUAUGCUGCGGUUUUUAGGAUACAGUUUGAUUGCCAUCUUCAUAGAGAAGCUAUUGUAUGGUAUACAGAAUGUAUGAUACGUUAUGCAAAUCGUCCCAUUUUUUCUUUGAAUGAGACAUCUCCAAUGAAAUAUGUAUACAACAAUGCAGAGUCAGACACAAACUAUACUAAUGAGUUUGAUCAAACAGUACUUCGCAGAUCAAUGGAUGCUGUAAUCAAUGAUGCUGUACAUAAUGAUAUAGACUCCAAAUAUUAUGCUACUCGGAGAGUGAACCUAAGAUCAAAUUCUAAUCAAACAUUGUUUUGUCUUGCACAGUGUACUCCUGAUAUAGAUAAAUUCGCCUGCGAUUCAUGCCUAAGAAAAGCUUAUGCAGAAUCUAUAUCUUGUUGUAAUGAUAGUCCUAAUGUAGCCAUUUUCAUGCCGAGCUGUUUUUUGUUGUACGACUCGACUCGUUUUUUCUUCGGUGUCUUGCCUCCGCCAUUGCCACAUCCAGGGUGGCCAUUACAUUCGAUAACUUUACCUGAAUACAAUUACAAACCCAAAGGAAAGCAAGAGAUGAAGGUCCAAUAUUUCGCAAGGAAGCACAAUCAAAUCGCGGAUAGUAUGGCCAAGGAAGGAAGAAAAGGCAACUUAGAUAUGAAUGUAACUAGGCUUAUCCCCACCCCUUUAAUUAUCUUUUGAACUUAUGGGACGAAUUUGUAUUAAGGCAUUUAGCUCCUGAUGGUGAGUUAAUUAUGCUAUGAAUAAGCUAAGCAUACUCCUAUAUUGUUAAUGAA